CAACUGCAGCUUCCCUUCUAACACAACACGAUUAAGGAGAAUACCCAAAAAAAAUCCCACUUCCCCUUUUUAAUCUUUCUCCAAGAAUUCCCCAGAUCUCUCUCCCUCUCUCAGCUUCCCACAUCCCUAAUUUCUCAAUCUUACAGAAGAUCGGGGGUUUAAUCGCAAAGAAUUAACCAUGUUUAACCGGCUUUUCGGGAAACCCAAACAGGAAACAAAUGCUCUAACCACGUUAGACAAAUUAAAUGAGACCCUUGAAAUGCUAGAGAAGAAGGAAAAAGUACUUGUGAAAAAGGCUGCUGCAGAGGUUGAAAAGGCAAAGGAAUUUGCCAAAGGGAGAAACAAGAGAGCGGCUAUACAGUGCUUGAAGAGAAAGAGACUAUAUGAACAGCAAAUAGAACAACUUGGAAACUUCCAGCUUCGUAUUCAUGAUCAAAUGAUAAUGUUAGAAGGUGCUAAAGCCACAACCGAGACUGUAGAUGCAUUGAGAAGUGGAGCAUCUGCAAUGAAGGCAAUGCAGAAAGCAACGAAUAUAGAUGAUGUUGACAAAACAAUGGAUGAGAUUAAUGAACAAACCGAGAACAUGAAACAGAUUCAGGAAGCACUGUCAACUCCUAUUGGAGCUGCAGCUGAUUUUGACGAGGAUGAAUUGGAAGCAGAACUCGAAGAACUUGAAGGUGCUGAAUUGGAAGAACAGCUUCUUCAGCCUGCAACAACUGCUCCUGCAGCUCCAGUGCAGGUGCCUGCUGGUAGGCAACCAGCUCGUCCUGUUCCUCAAAAGCGCACAGCUGAAGAAGAUGAACUUGCUGCAUUGCAGGCUGAGAUGGCACUUUAAGGCAUCUAGUAGAGACUAGAGAACUGGUUUUAUUGCGUCUACUGCAGGUCAUGUUGCAAAAUACGAAAGAGAGGCCAUAUUGUAUUAUUGAGUCGACUCUUUUAAAUUUGUGUGCAUUUGAUGUUUUACAGACAAUGUACAUAAAGAUUGCAUGAACUAAACGAAGCUCCCCUUCUUUGUACUCUGCUUCCUGGAAUUUGUUUCCCAUCUUCUCUCCGUUUCUUGCUCUUUCAAUAAACACGUAAUUCUAUUCCGUCGGUCCUUGUAGCUAUCUUUACUUCCCUUGUAAUGUCAACUUCUUAGUUGAUAGUUAAUUAUCUAGAAAAGCACAUUUGAUGUUUUUCA